GCUUGGUCCCUUCCUCUUCGUCCUCCAUCUCUUUGGUGGUCCCUCUUGAAUCAUAACAUUCAACUGCGUUCCACGCCUUUCCAUGACAGCAGUGGAAUAGGCACUUUAUAGCUGCUAUCAGCCGACGACUAUUUAUCACGACCUUCGCAUCAGAAUGAGACCAACAAACGACAACGAUGCUAUUAACCUUAUCUUUGGUGGCGAUCUCGAAAUCGAGGAGGAAUUAUCUGACAUCGAAGAUGAGAUUGAAGAAUUGGAUGCGACCCAGAGGAAAGAGAGGUCGGAACGACCAUCCACUUAUGUGCGGGUAAUGGAAGAUAUGAUCAACGAAGUAGAUAGCUACGAAAGACACCUCUUGAGUGAGGAUGAGUGGUGUUUAAUCAGACUUUUAGGGAAGGAAUUGAAGUACCAUGCCAGAUAUCUUCUUGCACGGCUUCUGUGUCGGAAGCAGAACCGGUGGCAUUCAUUCAAUGCGCUGCACCGCUAUACGUCAGAAAUCGGUGAAGAUGGUAUUCGUCAGGCCAUCACCGACCUUUCGGCUGCGCUAGAGCCUUCGGAGGAGGCCAAAGUUAAAGUUGAAGAACCAGAAAUCAUAGACUUGACUCUCGACGAAGAGGAGGAAGAGGAUCGUAAACCUGCGGCUGGACCUCCUGCCAUACCUCCUCCGACGCGGAGCAAGGACGCCGCGCUUGAAGCAGUGAUCCAGAAUCUUGAUCUCAGCUUUUUUUGCCAGGAUGAAUCGACUAUGACUCUUCAUGGAAUCCUCGAAACGCUCCCUGCCGAUCAACUCAGAGCACUUGCGAAGGAAACCAGAGUCUCUCCGAAGGGUACCAAGAAGGAACAUUUUAUAGAUGCUCUCAUGAAAUACUCUUGUACCCAGGCUUCUCUUCCGUUCGAGUCACCUAAGAAGAAUAAGUCUAAGGACCGUGAGCGAUACGACGAUGGCUACAGGCAGACUCUUUUAUGUUUUGCCGUACCAUGCAAGGAAACGCAAGAGCAGAGGCUGAAGGAAAUGGCACUAAAGAAAUUGGGCAAAUGCAUACGACUCAAUUAUGAUUUCUUUCGACUCGUUCGACGAUUUAGUAUUAUUUUUUAUCGAUCUAUGCACUUGCCUACUGAUAUAUUCCUUCCUUCACUCCUUAGCGAGUUCAAGAAGCGUAUCUAUCCUAAGUAUAAUGCCACGCGCACUGGACAGAUAUGGGAGUCGCGUGACGCUUUCUUGCAGUACGAAGAAGCCCUACACUUCGAAGCAGAGCUAGAGGCAAUACUCGAAAGUGAAGGAAAAGAGCUACGAGCGUCAACGACGCCCAAACGUGGAACAGCGACACCGGGAAAGACGCCACGUCCCUGCAAAGCUGACACUGAUGAAGAGAUGGACGAUGUAAAUGAUGGAGAGGAGCUGAGUCCUCAACAGAUGGUUGCCAAGGCUGUGAGAGAAAAGGUGAUGAACACCAUCCUUCCACGCUGGCGGCUUUGCGUCGCUGUCAAACGGGCGGUUAAAAAGGAGGUUCUUGGUGAGGAUCCAAGGCCCGGACUAGACCGGUUCGAACCAGGGUAUAUCUACACCCGAAUGGUGGAGAAGUACGCCCGAGCGCUUGGCCAAUUGAAGGAAUAUGAAGCUGAGGUCGAAACCCUUGGUGAAUUGCUUGAUCAACGAUUCUGGCGUAGAGGAAAGCGCGGAUCGUGGUACGAUAGGCGCGCGCUGGUUGAGAUCACAUAUCUUUCCAAGGUGGAGGGUAAGAAGUCUAAAAGCAGGCCCAAGCUACGGAUAGCGAUGGAGCAUCUGAAAGAUGCUCUCCAGGACGAUGACACGCAUCUUAUUUGCCGCCCAGGUCUCUUCAGGCGACUGCAGAAGGUGGAGAAGACGCUGAAGGUCCCUGAAGAGCAACGAUCGCAGUGUGAGGGGGAGCUCAAGGAGCCCGAAGUUGUUGAGGUGCAUGCCGAGCGCAUCAAACGCAGCAGCAAUAGCCUUCAGCUUGAUCAAUUUGGCCGACCAAAGGGGAAGGAAAACGGUGCGCCAGGUUCCUCUAGGACCAAAGACGGCGGUAAGGCCCCUUCUUGGACUGGGAAGUCUUUGUGGCGAGGGGAGCAGAAUGAGGAAGUCAAUGUUGAAACUCGAACACUCCAGGCCUAUGGACAAUGGGGCUACAAAGGGUUCCACUCUGAGACCAGGAUACUGACCACAAUUUUCGGCCUGCUAUUCUGGGAUGUCAUUUUUGCGGACGUUCCGGGAGCCUUCGAAACCAAGUUUCAAACUGCGCCAUUGGAUAUCGCAGAGGAUUCGUUCUAUUACGCUCGCAAGGAGCUGAUACAAACCCGAUUGAGAGAAAUCGAGGACGGAAAGGCAGCGGAAAUCCUAGAACGCCACGAUCGUAUAUACCGGCCGAGCAAGACUUGGUGUGUCGGAGUGAAAUGGGAAUACCCUAGGGAAGAUGUACUGGAAAUCGUUCAGUGUUUUAAGGGCGAGUCCCUAGCCACAAUCUGCCAUCUCUUCUGCGAGGAUUACGCAGGAAGAAGCAGUGGCGCGCCAGAUCUCAUCGUCUGGAAACCCGAAGAUCGCGAGUGUAAAUUUGUUGAGGUCAAGGGUCCUGGUGACCGACUUCAGGAGAACCAAAAGCUGUGGUGCGACGCGCUCCAGCGCGCUGGAGUUGAGGUGCAUUUGUGCCAUGUUAAGGAUGUGUACGGCAAAGCCAAGCGUAUCAACAACAAACGCAAGAAGAACGCAAAGCUUGAGGAAGAAUCACUCUCUGGACUUGAAGAUGAAGAUCAUCAGAACAUUGAUGAAGAGGCCGAAUAUCAGCCGCCAGCGCCGGUCUUAGGCAAACGGCCUGCCGAUGAGGAGGCGGAGGAACACUAUCCCCUAUCGAUGUCGCAGCCCAGAACGUCUACCACUGCGACUCCGACGAAAUGGCCGGCCACUAAAGUUGAAGUGGUCAUCACCUCCCCGAGUCCGGUGAAGAAAAGGCGGAAAUUAGAUGUUGUUUCGACGGGGUCUUGAUACAGCUGAGUAAUUUUAUUUAUGUAAGUGUGCAGCCAUGAUGCACUCUUACUGGUCAAGUCAUCGCCCAAACAUGCCAUACCACUUUCUAGGGUUUGAUUUGCCCCCUCUCCUUGGGCAGCUCCUGUACCAUGGCUUCUGCAUCUAUUUCUCAUGUUGUGGGCUCGUUCCUAUUCCACGAAGUUUCGAUAAUGGAGUAUAAGUGGGUCAUAGCUGACUCGGUCAGUGCGGCCCCGAUCCCACCUUGCUAACCAGCGAAAUUUCAUGGAAUGUUUGAUUCAGAAUCAGACAGAGCU